AUGGGAAGGCGGCGGCGGCGGGUCGGUCUCUCGGCGAGGCUCCCGCAGCGGCGGCGGCAGGAGCGAAGCAGCGGCAGCUGGGCCGAGCCUCCCGGCCCCGGGAGGAGAAUGGAGCUCGGGUAGCGGCGGCGGCGGCGGCGCCGCGGAGCAGCAUUACUCUGCUACAGCCUUGGGGCACCUAGAUUAAAGGAGAAUUGCUAAGUUCCAGAGAGAAUGACUUGAUGGACUGCUUGGGGAAGGCACUUUACUCCUGACUGUUUCCUGUAACUGCAAUUCAACAUAUGCCUCCCCCCCCCCAUUGUUCAGAUUUCUCAGGGGACACCAUUUCACUUAUUCUCACCUCCUACUGUGGCAAAAAUGGACUAUUUUCCUCACCGAAAACCAGCAGCAUAAUGCCCAUCUGAUACAUGCCUCAAAGAAAUCUUAUUUAAAGUCUGUUGAAAUUGGAUCCAUAAUUAUCUCAGUUGAGGAGAAUGUGUGGACAAAAUGCUGCCCCCCUCCCCGGCAUCAAUAAAAUCAGGAUUUCACACUGUUUCCAUGAAGGCUGGUUGACACAUCCUCUCAAACAAAAGAAAUAAAACAAGUCGCUGAUGAUGAUGAUGAUGAUUUACAGAGCCCACAGCAGGAAGACCACUUUAGUUCAAUACAGAAGAGAGAAAACACAGAUUCCCCAUCAAGUACAUUGUCAAGAUGGAUGUCUUGUAGUCAACCAGUAAGUUCUACUACUGCUGCAUGUCUGGCAGCACUUCUACAUGAUCACAUGACUCUUGAUAUGGAUGCAGUCCUGUCAGACUUUGUUCGAUCCACAGGGGCAGAACCAGGCUUGGCAAGAGAUCUGCUGGAAGGCAAAAACUGGGAUUUGACUGCUGCUUUGAGUGACUAUGAGCAGCUUCGACAGGUACACACAGCCAGCCUGCCACAGGUGUUUAAUGAAGGGAAGUACAACAAGCAGCAGGAGAGAGAGCAGCCCCAACAGGUGAACAAGGUCGAACGACCAUGUCUACAGAGACAGGAUGACAUUGCUCAAGAGAAACGACUCUCCAGAGGUAUUUCUCAUGCCAGCUCAGCCAUAGUCUCCCUUGCUCGAUCACAUGUAGCAAAUGAAUGCAGCAAUGAACAAUUUCCUUUGGAGAUGCCCAUCUACACAUUCCAGCUACCAGAUCUUAGUGUAUACAGUGAGGAUUUCAGAAGCUUCAUUGAACGUGACUUAAUCGAGCAAGCAACAAUGGUUGCUUUGGAACAAGCAGGCCGUCUCAAUUGGUGGUCCACAGUGUGUACAAGCUGCAAACGUCUUCUUCCAUUGGCUACAACAGGUGAUGGGAACUGUCUCUUACAUGCUGCCUCAUUAGGGAUGUGGGGUUUUCAUGACAGGGAUCUGGUAUUACGUAAAGCACUCUACACUAUGAUGAGAAGUGGAGCUGAAAGGGAAGCACUGAAAAGAAGGUGGAGAUGGCAGCAGACCCAACAGAAUAAGGAGUCGGGUUUAGUUUACACAGAAGAAGAAUGGGAACGGGAAUGGAAUGAACUUCUUAAGCUGGCUUCAAGUGAACCUCGCACCCAUUUUAGCAAAAAUGGAGGUACUGGUGGUGGAGUUGACAAUUCAGAAGACCCAGUGUACGAGAGCUUAGAAGAGUUCCAUGUUUUUGUCUUAGCCCAUAUCUUGAGAAGACCAAUUGUUGUAGUAGCAGACACAAUGCUAAGAGAUUCAGGGGGAGAAGCUUUUGCACCUAUCCCAUUUGGGGGAAUUUACUUGCCACUUGAAGUUCCGCCUAACAGAUGUCACUGCUCACCUCUUGUUCUAGCUUAUGAUCAAGCUCAUUUCUCUGCUCUUGUAUCUAUGGAGCAAAAAGAUCAACAGAGAGAACAAGCGGUGAUCCCUUUGACUGACUCAGAACACAAGUUACUGCCUUUGCACUUUGCGGUUGAUCCUGGGAAAGACUGGGAGUGGGGGAAAGAUGACAAUGAUAACACCAGACUGGCCAAUUUGAUUCUGUCUCUGGAAGCAAAGCUUAAUCUUCUGCACAGCUACAUGAAUGUAACUUGGAUACGCAUACCAUCUGAAACACGGGCCCCUUUGGCUCAGCCAGAAUCUCCAACUGCUUCAGCAGGGGAAGAUGUUCAGUCUCUGGCUGAUUCAAUGGACUCAGACCGAGACUCCAUCUGUAGUAAUUCCAAUGGCAAUAAUGGCAAAAAUGGUAAAGAAAAAGAAAAGGAGAAACAAAGGAAAGAUAAAGACAAAAACAGGACGGAUUCAGUUGCCAAUAAGCUUGGAAGCCUCAGUAAAACCCUAGGAAUUAAGCUGAAAAAGAAUAUGGGUGGGCUUGGGGGGCUGGUGCAUGGCAAGAUGAGCAGAGCAAAUUCAGGAAACGGGAAGAAUGGUGACAUCGUAGACAAAGUCAAAGAGAAGAAGUCUAAGUCCCGCAAAGGGAGCAAGGAGGAGUCAGGACAGUCUGCAAGCACUUCUCCUUCUGAAAAGACAACUCCAUCUCCUACUGACAAAGCAAGCAACUCACCCACUGAAAAAAUGAACUCAAAGUCCCUCUCUGACAAACAGUCUGACCCAUGGAAGUACAGCACCGAUGUGAAGCUCAGCCUCAACAUUUUGAGAGCUGCCAUGCAAGGUGAACGCAAGUUUAUUUUUGCUGGCCUCCUACUGACCAGCCAUAGACAUCAGUUCCACGAGGAGAUGAUAGGUUACUACUUGACCAGUGCCCAAGAGCGCUUCAAUGCAGAGCAGGAACAGAAGAGAAAGGAGGCUGAGAAAAAGGCUUCACUCAAUGGGUCAUCCAGCAGGAAGCUGGAACAAGAAGCAUAUUCAAAAGAAAAGUUGGAAACAUCUCCUCAGGACAGGGCAUCACCAGUCUUGCCUCAAAGCCAUACAACUCAACUGGUUUUAAAGUUUAAAGAUCGCACUAGUCCCACUCCUGGGUCAUUUUCUUCACCUAGUAAUGGUGCUAAGAAAAGUGGACCCAUUCCAGUAUCUGCCCACUAUAGCCAUACUCCACCUGUUCAAAGGCAAAGCGUUAUCCAUUUGCAUGAUGUCAACUCCAAGCCAUCAAGCUUCCAAGAUGAUACCUAUAAGCCAGUGGUUGGCACCUUAAAAACCUGUGCCACGUAUCCCCAACAGAAUAGAUCACUGUCUUCACAGAGCUAUAGCCCAGCCCGGAUAGCAGGUAUCCGCACUGUGAACACAGUGGAAUCACUGAGCUACACUAUGCCUACUGAACAUAAGUCGCAGACAUAUACAAAUGGGUUUAAUACCGGUGAUAUUAGAGACUGCUUAGAAUAUGCUGAUGAGGAGGCACCUCAGACCUGGUUGAACAAUGAUAAAAAUCGAGGCAGAAGCACAGUUUGCCCUAUUUAUUCCAUUCAGCAGAACCGCUGCAAAAAGGAGAACUGUUCCUUUUAUGGUCGUCCUGAAACUGAAAAUUAUUGUUCAUACUGCUACAAAGAAGAGUUAAAGCGCAGGGAGAGAGAAAGUAAGGGACAUAGGCAUUGAGGACUGUCAGGAUCCUUCCCUGACUACUUAGGUUCACUCUUUUCUUACUUAUGAAGUAAAUAGUGAUGGAUUAUAGAAAAAGGAAUCCUAAAAAGGGAAUGAUGGUACAUAAUGUCUAGUUCGUCUCUUUUUCAGGUCAAUGCAGAAAUAAGAGGAUUAAUUUAUCAUAAAAAUGUAUUGUUUUCCAUUUGGUCAGUGUCUUUUUUUACAUACACUGGUGAGCUGAAAGGUUGUUUACUCCUUUGUCAGUGCUGUGAAUACGUUUGGUCAAAAAUUUACUAAUGGUGCCUGAAUUUACACUGACAUCACUCAGGUAGUAGAAUGAUAGGGAAAAGUCAUAAUGUUGGCAUUGUCAUAGCAUAGCAUCUGCCUCUGAUACAUUUGAAAUUGUAGAGCCAUCAUAAUGCCAGUAGUAUUUUUUUCUCAGUGACAACAACAUUUUUCAUGACCCUUUUUUGGAAGGGCAGUAAUUUUGCACACUGCUUAUUUUUUAACAUAUCAACACAUUUCUUUCUUAUAAACCCUUUGUAUUCAUUUUAGUCUGAAAUGCAAUCUCUUCGGAGCAUGUGACUGAAGGUCUGGACUCAUGAGGUCUCUAUCUUUAUAGCUGUAGUUUCUGUUGGAUUUUGUUUGGCUCUUUCAGGAAAGUGUCAGUUGGGCUGUUUGUUUGCUUGUUGAUAUCUAGACACAUUUUGGAUGUUGUGGGGAAAAAUAUGGUGUCUGUUGUACACCAUCCAAUAAUCUUAGCAUAUGAAUCCAAUAACUAACCAGAAAUUUGUGGAAUAAUCCAGAGCAGGGUGAACUAUUCAGCAGAGGUAAUAUGUAACAUUAAUUUAAUUUCCUCUAUCCAUGAUCUGACCUCAAUUUUUAGUAAUUUGUUAAUUCACCAAAAUUACAAGAUAGUGGUCUUCGCAAAACUAAUUCCAUCUAAUUUCAUCUACACAUUACUUCCAUUCUGUUGGCAACAACUAUUGUUUGAGUCAUCUGUACUGACUGACACACCUCCACAAAGAGCUUCCCAGAUGGCUGUGAAAUUCCAGCAUGAAUACUCUUUCAGCUGUCAAUUUACACAAGUCUUCAUGUCCUAAUAUUUCAGUAAGCAUUUAUGACACUCCUCCUCCUUUUGAAAAUACAAUUUCGAGCGUUUGUGACAAGCAGAUAGAUGGGAUCACACAUACUAUCUGGGUAGAUUUGUGGGGAGUAUGUCUACAAGUUUUUCUGACUACAUGAUUUGUAUUUUUUACCACCAAACAAUGCAAAUAAGGAAAUAAAAUUGGAGUUGUUCGUGCAGUUACAUUUGUAAGGAAACAAUGACUCUCUAUCCACCUACAUUUGUGUUGAAGGGCCAUUUCCUUAACAACUCUGUUAAUGGUGAUUCUCUGCCACGGUCAGGAUCAUGAGUCCAGUUUCAUUCAAAUAUUGAAUAGCAUUUUUCCCAGGCCACAAGAGGCUUAGACCCUAAUUUUCAUCUCACUUUCACCCAAUAAUAUUUAGCUGAAGUGAAGUUACUCCCAAUUAACUUUCAUGCAAAUGCAAAGACAUGCUCUAAAACCCUGAUUUAACCAAUAACUUACACUCAUACUUAACUCCAUUCUUCUCAAGAAAAUAAGUAACGUUUACAUUACUUGUAUGCCCUUCAUUCAGUGGGAUUCUGGCAGUUGGUUAAAGUUAAGCACAUACUUAUAUGCUUUGUUGAAUCAGAGACUUAACCAGGCAGAGAGAAAAAGAAUUUAUAAAAAUCGAAUAGGUAAUACCUGGCCUAGCUCCUUAAUGAAUCCAGACCUGCGUUUCAUGUGUUUAGCAGUCUUUGGAACAUACAGUGAAUGUUAUUGAACUUGCAUCCAUUUUUCAUGAAUGGGACAUGUUAUCAGACUUAAUGAAUUGUUCAAACUCCCUUUGUAUGAUUCCUCCCUAAGGUGUGCAAGUUUCUUGAAAUCAUGUCCUUACUGAUAUGCAGUGUUCUUUUUCACUUAGCUGUGGUGAUUACAUAUAGUUCUCAUUGCCAAAGAAAUCUGUGAUUUUUAAAUCAUGUUAAAGCAAAUUGAGCACGCUUGACUCUGUUUGUUAUGUUGGAAGAGACAGAAACUAGAAGGGACAGAAACAAAUUGAAUAAAAGAAAGAAAUAUUAAAGAAUGUUUAGAGCCUUAGAAUAGCAGUAACAUUUGGAAUGCCUAGAAAUGCUUUUUUAUAAAGCUAAGCCUGAAAAAUUGGCAGAAAUGGAUACCAGUCCAUUUCAUUCAGCUGUGACAUUUCUGGGUAAGAAGAAAUAUGGUAACAGCACACACUUAACAAUUACAUCUUUUGCUUGUUUAAACCUUUUAAAUAAAUUAAUUUUGCCUAUAGGAAGUUUUAGGAUGCACUGCACCUGAAAGGAGGUGGGAAAAGUUUUACAGAAAAAUCAACAUUUAUACAAGUGAUAACUUUAUCUCCUUAUUAUUGAACAGAUUAAAUCCUUAAUUUAGAAUAUUUUCCACAUUGAAUUGACUGGCUGAAUAGUCACAGAAUUAUAUCAGAAUUAUUCUAGAGUUCUCUUUAUCAUUCGUGGAAAAUUCUUGAUAAGUUUCCAUGAUUCUUAUCAGUAAGAAUGUAUUUCUUAAAGUCUUUAGAGUAAACCUAUCAUGCUGUAAUAAUGAUAGGCACAAUUAAACAGGAGUUCCUUUCCUCAGCAGCCCAUCCUUGAUACCCCAUGGUUAAUUUACUCAGGACAGUUUUAAAAACUUUUUCCCAGCACCCCUUUCUACUGCUGACCUUUACAUUUGACAGCUCUUAAAGAGAUUAUUUUGAAAUUGGCCAUUGCUUGCCAAAUCUUCUCUCUCCACUGUCUAAAUGUUCUUUAAUCCAUUUGUGUCCCCACAGUUUUGCCUUCCUUAUUCCUGAACAGAAAUCAGACUUUAUCCCAUUCACUUCUAUGAUUUAUUUAACACAGACACUGUGUUUGGCACUAUACAGUCCAAAUAAUUAAAUAUUUGAGCUCUAUUGAGCUUACAGCAUAGAGUCAAUAUUACAAACAUUAUGGUGAAUACAGCUUGUGGCUUAUGUCCAUCAGCAAUAAAACAAAAUACACACCAAGGAAUUAGAUAGGGAGAAUACCCAUUGGCUUCAUUUUUUGCUGUUCUUUUGCAUAAGUAGUAUAUUUGUCAACCCUUUUGCCCUCUCUGAUUCUGGAACAAGCGUAAGUCCCAGGUUGAUGAGUAUCGUGUGUCCCACUCUGUGCUCGAUCCAUAGGAAAGCACAUGUCAGUUAUAGCUCUUGGCUGUUUAGAUUUCUGGAGGUUUCCCCUUCAAUCCCAGGUGCUAGCUGAUGGUGGCUAUGCUACCAGUGAGAUAUUUUACCUUUCUGAUUUAAUUUUGUGCUCUCUGUCCAUGAUACAGCACCUCUGCAUGUCAGCCCAUGAUUUCUUUACCUCAAGCGAGAGCGCCUUCUUUUAAAUGUAACUUGCAGUUUUGAGAAAAUUGUGGUGUACAUGUGGAGCUUGAAGCCAUGAGAGAAUGUUGUAUUUUCUCACAUACAGCAUGCCCCAGAAUAUGAUGCACACCUUAUUUUUGAAAGGCAGAAUGAAGGGGAAAAAAUCUUUCCUUGCAGUAACUGAGUAGUAGCAGCUAGGGAGCUGAGCCUGCUGCCUGGAGCCCAUGUUGAUAAGCAGCAGAAAUUGCUCUUACUCUACUUUCUCACAUUCAAGGCACACACCAAUUUCCAGAAGUUGUAUUUGUGGGGAAAAGGUGUGUGUUGAAAGAGAGAAAAUAUAUUAUUUAAAUAUGUUAUCAUCCACUUCUCGGGGGUUAAAGCCCCACUUUUAAUAAAAGCUACAUGCAAAUGCAAAAAUGUAUUCAUAGGAGAAAUGUAGGUUAGAGGAAGUAGGUAUUGUUUAGAUGUUUUUAAUAUGUAGCUACUUCUUUUACUCUAAACUCUUUAAACAAAAAACUUCUUAGGCAAGUGUUUUCUCUUGUUCAUCAAUUCUUUCCAAUUCAAAGGUCUGUUCAUGGUUAAAAAAAAAAAAAAAAGCCUAUCAUUCAUACUAAGUCUCAGUCGCACUUUACAUUGAAGUUCCAUUCCUAAGCAGCAUAUAAAGGGCUACUAAAGGAGCAAUGGCUGUUAUAAGGACAUUUCAGAGAUAGGCAGCUUGUUUUGUCAAGGCAAUAAGCGCAUCCAGAGGAGAGUGUCACAGAUUAUUGUAACGUAUGUUGGAUAUACUCACCAUUGAUUAUCAGUAAUGUAUUAAGCUUUAUAAACUGCUUAUAAAUGCACUAUCAAUAUAAAGUGUGACCAGGCUUUCUCUAACAAUUAAUAGGCUCUUCUUCCAUGUUAACUUAAAAGAUAACAUACAAAAAGGUUCUAAAAAGAGAUUCUUCCUCAAGCAUGUUUUGUGAUGCGUGUUUAUUAAGAACUUUUUCUAGACCAGGUCAAGGCUUGGGAGUUCCCUUAAACGCACAAAAUUCCAUGAUGACAGCAGCCUUUCAUGAUGUAAGAAGUGUUGAGGGGCCACUUAGCAUAGCCUGAAGCUGAUUAAUUGCUUGCUGAGACAAGCUGCCUCAAUGGAGAUCAGAACAAUCUGCUUGUACAACAGCAGCCUUUGUUCAUCUGUAAUGCGUGAUUGCAUCCAGGUUUGUUAUAGUCUUCUUGUGCCGAAAGUGUUCAUAUCAAAUAAUGCAUGCAAACUGGGCUGCCAGAACAUUGUCCUUAAUGUCCCUAAUCCUGCAAACUGUUAGACACACCCUCAGCCUUAUGAUGCACAGUAAUAGUCUGCCUGACAUCAGUGAGCCUGCUUCAGUGCAGACAAUUGGUAAACAUGUUGAUGUCUGUGGCAUCAAGUCUAAAAUUUGGCCCGUUUAGAUCAAAUGCCUCCUCAUCUUCCUUAGGCAGAGUUUCCCAGGGAACCUGUGAGAAUUUUGCCUGAGGAGUAGUAGACAGGACUUUGCACACCUCUCAAUCCUGAAUAAGGAAUCAUUGUCUUCAUAACAUUCAGAAUAUUUUAUGCAUCAUUGAACAUUCAGAUCCUGAUGGAAAUAGACCAAAACCCAGAAACUAAUUGACCUUGAUUGUAAGAGGCUUUUCGGCAUAGUCCAUUUUAAGUCUCUUUCAGUGUACUUACAGGUAUAUUUGUUUCAAAUGAUGGCAACUUUCAUGGAGUAUCACCAAAUAGUAUAGAGCAUAGACUUUGAAUUAUUGCAGUAAACUAUACUAUUUUUAAAUUUAAUUUGCACAUUAAUUUCCUGUAUAUAUGACUAAAAACAGUAUAUUGUUAAAACAAAAGAAGAAAGAAAGGUGUUUGUAAGUGUGUUCUGUUUGAAGAUUUAAGGCUGUAUUAUGUUGGAAUUUUACAAGCCAAGUUAAAUUGUAAUAUAGAAAUUAUUUUUAUAUUAUUUUCAAAAUAUGCUACAGAGCAAUAUUUUGCGCCUUUAUUAUAAACAGGGUUGUCAUUUUAAUAGGUUAACUUCAGAAAUACUGGUAGACAUUAAUCAUGAAAAGAAAGCUUUGUAAAUGUUCUCCUAAUUUCUGACUGCUUUUUGUCCGUUGUGCACUCCAGUGUCUGUUGAAAGUUGGAAUAUACAAAUGUUUUUUAUUGAAAAGCUUUAAAUUUGUGUUUAUAUAUUUUGGUACAGUACUACUCCUUCCCUUGCAUUCUCUUGACUUAAACUCAUGCCCUCUUUUAUAAGGAGCUUCAGUGUCAUAAAUUUACCUAGAGGUUUUUCUUCCCAAAUGAAAAAGCCUUCUGCACGGACUGUUGAGCUGAGAUUCAUAACUCAUUUUGAAUCGACCAGACUAGAUUUAUUUGGGUUUUUAAAAAUUGUAUUAAUUAAUUAUUAUUCCUAACAAAUAAAUUAGAACAAGAUUUCAAAGCUAGUGUAAUAAUUAGCUAUGCAUGGAGAAAAUCACUCUAGAUUGUAGAGAUGUCAACUUCUAAAUGGUAAAUUGUAUCUUAUUAUAUAUUGCUUUCCAAUGUAUGUACACUGACACUCAAUUUGAAUAUCAGCUUAAAUUAUUCAGAUUUUAUUUCUUUAUAGUAUUUCAUGCCGUACAUAUCAAUAUCUGAGAAACUUUACAAAAAAAGAAGACUGUAACUAAUGUAUACCUAAAUCACAAUUCCAAACAGUUUUUAAAAUGUAGGAAGUUGUAUGUAUUGCAACCAAAAUUUUCAAAUUUCAGCUCCUGAAAUAAGGACCCUGAAAAUGUAUUUGGCCUAAUAAAAUGAGUGGCCUGAUUUUAAGAGGUGCUGAACAUUGACUUCAAUGGGAGUUUAUACUUCAUUGAUGACUUCAGGAAAUCAAGUCAGCUUAGGUGCCUAAAGGUGAAUAUUUUUUCCAGCCUGUAUUCAUGGUGUUUCAAUACAGUUCUGCCCUCCCCCCCCCCCUUUUUUUUUUUGAAUCAAUGAAAAUUAUAUUCACCUUUAGUGAUUAUCAGUUUGUAUAUAAAUAACUGCAAUCAUUUAUAAAGUGAUUGCUUGGAUAUGGAGAAACCUGCCUUGUACUGAAAUACAGUAUAAUUGUCCAUUUAAUACCUAUUAUUAGGGCUAGGAUUCCUUGGCUUGUUAGGGGACCGUGUCUUUAGGGUUUUUUCUUGCAAAGCAUGAUCAUGACAAUUUGUUUUUCUUGCAUGAACAUGCUGGUUUUUGAUCAGUCUGUUUUACUUCCCAUUACCUGAAUGCGUGUACUGUACCAAGGGAAUCUAAAUGGCUGAUGCGCAUUUGCACUGUGGAACAUAUGGCGUAGGUAAAAGCCACCAUGUUCCGAACAGCCUUAAAGUUAUGGCUCUCUGGGGACUGAGAGUCACUUAACUGGAUGCAGCCUCUGUCCCCAACUCCUCAUUUAACCAUGACUGUAAAUUGCUCUAGUCUGCUAUAGCCUUCAUAAUUAUGUUUUGCUGUAAAACUGUCUGCUUUGUAUGGUUGUUUGCAGCACAUGGAGUUUUUAAAGACAGUGUUCUUGAAAGUUACAAUUCUUUGAUAAGUGUCUAUGUGACAGAAAACCUUAAUGAAAAGGAGCAGGAAAGGGAGUAAAGCAAUUAGGUAAAUGGUGGGUAAGAGAGUAACCAUGGCAACAAAAUGUUUUGAGGAGACUAUAGUUCCUGAUAUGAAAAACCAUUGUCUGCCUAAGCUGAUGUUUUGUGGAUCAUUUCACAUAGACUCAGAAAACAUAGAUGAACAGCCAAGCGUUGUACUUAUGUAAAGGUUCAAAUCUUUGAAUUCCUUGCAAAGGCUCUUUGAGGGAGGAAAAACUGUGAUUUUUCUCCCCUUCCAGAGCAAAACAAAUUCACUUUACCUGUAAUGUCUGAAAUGGAGAGGCAUGGCAGAAUGGUUUGUACUAAAGCAGCACCUAAAUGUCCCCAUUUCAUAAUGAUGUUUGCUUUUUGUUUGACCCUUUUAAUGCUUUUUGUUGUAGUAGAAAGCAGUCAGUGACCUGAAUUCUCCUCUUGAUUACACAUGCAUUUGAUAUCAGCAUAAUGAUGAGGUUACACAGCUGCAACCAAGAGGAGAAGGUGGCCCUGCACGCCUGUCUAAUGUACAGGAGAAUCAAAUUAGAAGGCUUACAUCAUUGGCACCCAAACAUUGCCUAAGCAAAGGCUGGGUUGGCAGUUUGCCAGGAAUCUGAGCGCUCUGCUUAAUUUGAUCAAAACAGAAAAGACUAAGCUGCCCUCAUCUUUAAUAUGGAUACCCCCCACUGGGAUUGUCAGCCUCUCCAUAUUAAAUACAGUAUCGGUGGAAUGCUGCCUUGUACAACCCUACCUGCCUGCACUUAGGUUAUGCCAGGUUAAGUAACUCAGAAGGUUUUUUUCCCUCACUCUUACUAAAAUACGUAGGGGAUCUGGCAAAAAAACCCGUGACCGAUAUUCUCUCUCUCUCUCUCUUUUAAGAACAUUGAGAUUGGGCAGGACUAAGCAGGGGUAGUUAAGUAACCAUUGUCCCUCAACAUUGCUAUUAUCUGCCUUCAUGUUUUAAUAUUGAGAACCCUAUAGUGAUGGGGUGGUUUUAUCAUCUGUUCAAGACUGAGUACUGGAGCAUUUGUAAAAUGUAUAUCAUGAUUAUAGAGUAUAGAAAGCACUUUUCCCUCCGAGCUUCUCAAAGAGCUUUGCAUGCACACAAUACAAAACGCAGUUCAUUCAGCCUAAGCCAAGGAGAACAAAUAGGAUUUAAGCCUAAAUUAAAUAACAAAUGGAAUUAGCCACACAGACCUCAGUAGACAGGAGCUCCAAAUUGGAGUCUCAUACCAUGUUGACAUUAACAGUUUGUACAGGACUUUGCCCCAAUUAACUAGAUUAGGUUUGUACUCUUCCCCAGGGGAGCAAUAAAUCUUUCCCUUUAUUUCCCAACCCAUCAUUCAUCCUGGUAAACUUCCUGUUACAUUCAGAGAAUGCUUGUGCUUCCAUAAAUUAAAUGUAGACAUUUUGUUGUGAAGCAGUUUUUAAAGCCAUAUAUAGCUUUUGCAUUUUUACAUUUCAGUUUUCUGUUUGUUUUUUGGUGGCAAAAAACUGUUAUGCAUAUUUCAUUGUGCCCUACAAUGACUGUUGCAUGAAUGAAAGACUUUACUCUUUGUAGACAGCCUCCUUGCUCCUCCUUGAUGUUUGUGAUUGUAAUUAUUCUUCAUAGAAAGUACGGAUCAAGCUUUGAAAAUCUAGACAGUGUUUACAUGGAUUCUCGACCUUUGAUGUACAUUUUCUAUUGCAUGGGUCUUUAUGGUUUAAGCCAGAUGCAUCUCAAGCAGGGGCAAGACUUUUAGGAUACUCCUCUAAUGAAUACAUUGUAUAUUAGAGUUAUACACACCUAAUUAAUAUGGUCACCUUAUUAUCAACAACUGUUACAUGACCUACCAGCAGAACUCCCUGCAUAUCUUCCUACAUGUGGAUAGCAUUCUUUCUUUUUCUCUUUAAGCCUCUACACAGAUCUUAGUUCUGUCCUUAAUGCAAAAUCGCAAUUCAAAUCUUUGUGAGUUCUUCCUGAGUAGAGAAGAUUUGGCUUUCUGUGUUCAAUGUACAUGUGCAAGCAACAGUUUGAUUGUGCAAGUAUUGAAAUAAACUGGCUGCCACCCCUUGGACUCACUGAAGUCCUUUCAAUGGCAAGUUGAAAAACUUUCUUCAAUUUUAACCAAAGUUAGGUAACAUAAAAUCUUAAAUAUCAGGACAGGUGAUGCAACUCUUUUUCAUAACUUAAAAAACUCCAAAUUUUUAAAACUUGUUAUAACUGUAGAGUAAAUAUAUUUAUACUAGAGUCCCUCCUUUAAAGAAAGAUUGUAGUUGGCACCCACCACUGUUUAAAUAAGUGCUAACACAGGAAUGACAUAAGAUGCAUUAAUUUUUCUAAGGCAAGAAUUAAGUUUUUUGUACUCAAAUAAUCAUUCUCAUUUUUCAAAGUUUGAUCUUAGUUUAUUAUUGUCAUUUAUCAAUUUCUAUGGGUUUAGCAGAGGAUUGUUUUGGAAUGAAAAAUUUAUACAUAAAACAAGUAUAUAAAAGAUGUAUUUAAAGUUGAGGUGACUUUCCAGGUUUCUCUGUAUGUGAUAAUUUUAAUCUAAAUGUUCAUCCCACGUGAAAGAAGCUGAUUGAUCUUCUCCCUACCCUUUUAGUAGUUCAGUGAUAUAAUUAGUUGCCAUCACUUUCAUCUACAGAUAAAACGUGAUCAUUUUUCAACUGCUUCCCAAGUCAUUAAAUUGAUUGUUCUGAAGAAAUGUGAGCAUUGAAUAAUGUUAAAGGUAAUGAAUAUUUUUUUUGCCGUGGAAAGUGUGAGUUCUCGAGAAUCUUUUCUACAUAAAAUUUUCAUUCUGAUUAAAUUUAAUUGUUAUUUUUAAUCUGAUCCAUUCUUUGACAAAGAUGACGUGUAAGAGCUGUUUUUAGCAGUUGGAUUGUUACUUUGUAAAGUAUUAAAGCACUAAACCAAUUUUUGCAAUAGGUAGUAAAUCUUGCUUUCGUUUCGGAAAACUUCCAGUUAUAACUGUCGCACUUUUUAUAGCGGAAUUGUAUUUAAUUUCUUUCUUUUAUGAAAGAUUACUACAAGUAACUGAUAGCUCUGUAAUCUGUGUGAAUUGGCUUCUCCAUUAUUUGAAAUAGAGAGAAGCUAUGAUGCCUAUUCAAUAAAAUUAACUUAUUUGUAAAGUA